GACAGUUGUUGAAGAAAGGAGAUUUGGCAUUAUAAUUAGAAUUCAAAAGUCAACAGAAGAAGGAGCUAUACAAUGCCAUUUCUUUUUUUCAUUCUUCUCUCCAUCCAUCAAACUCAAAUCUCUAUUUCCAGCAGCUGGGAUCAGAAUGAUGAAAAUUACACCGCAAAUAUCAGACUCAAAUGCAACUACCAAGCCUCAAGAUGGUAGAGAACUGAAUAUUGUUGUCCAUCAGACAGUGCCAGGCGUAAGAAGUUUACCAGAGCUGGACAAAACGCAGAAAAGGCAAAUAUAUAUAGCAGCAGCUUCUGGAGAUUGGGAUGAGGCUUCAUCCUAUCCCAUAAAUCAUUGGUGGCUAAUUCCGUUAAACGGUGUUGGAAUAACGGCCCUGCACGUUGCAGUGAGCAUGGAACAAACUAGAUUUGUAGAAAAUGUGGUGAAACGUAUGGAUAUCAAAGAUUUGGAAAGUUGCAAGGCAGAAAGGAACACAGCCCUUUGUUUGGCUGCGAUAACUGGAAAUGUGGAAAUUGCUAAAAUUCUUUUACGCAAGAACCCUAUGUUGCUAUGGAUUAGGGAUGAAAACGGUAUGCUUCCAAUUCAAUUAGCAUCUUCUGCAGGUCACAUUCUGAUCACAGACUUCUUAUUUGGAAAGACUUUAGAGGACCCACACCACAACAACAAGAUACCCUUCCAAGACAUUAAGAAACUAUUUUUUUCGACCAUCAACAACAAACUUUACACCGUGGCAUCAAAAUUAUUGAAUAGCGAAUUGAAACUAGUUACUGCUGAAAACGAGGAGGGGUUGACGGCUUUGCAAAUGCUUGCUCAAUUUUCCCUUUGCGAGGAAAUUAUUGGGUAUGGAGACAUUGUAGAUUCGGUGUUUGAUGCAAUGGAAAAGCAGAGAGAUAGUAUCAAGCAUGCACAAUUGUCAAAAGCAAUGUUCGAUGCAGCAAAAUCAGGAAACACUGAUAUUUUAGAACUUCUUUUAGAGUACCAUCCUGAUUUGCUAUUUGAAGUGAAUUCCAGCAACCAAAGCUUACUUCAUAUUGCUAUUCUACAUCGACAAAAAUCUGUAUACAAACUAAUAUUAAGCAACCGGGCUGCAAAGAAUAUUAUGACAAAACUGGUUGAUUCUCAUCUUAACACUGUUCUUCACUUGGCUGGAAAAAUGGGACAACCUCAAGAAAAACCCGGAUUAUCAACAAACCAUGUUGUAAUGAGUAGUGAGGAGAGAUGGUUUCAGGCCGUGGAGAAAAUAGUUCCACCUGCAACGAAAAGAAUGAGAAACAAAGAUGGUUUGACUCCUAAAGAAUUGUUCUACCAGACACACAAAGAGUUGCACAAAGAAUCAUUAUCAGAACUGCAAGGUAAGGCAAACACAUUAUUAGUGGUAGCAACUCUGGUUAUCAGCCUAGGGAUCACCGGAGGUAUGACCGUUCCUAUUGAGAACAUCGAUGGUACAAAAACUCCUUUUUUCGGAAGGAAAAUAUGGUAUACGUUUUUCUUUCUGUCGAUUGCAUUUGGAUCAUGUUUAUGUGUUUCGUCUAUGUUCUUCUACGCUUCGGUUAUUCUUCCUGCAUCUUGGGCAAAACCAAAGGAAGAGUGUGUCCGGAUGCAGCAAACGAAGUUGGUAUUUGGGAAUGUGACACUUUUCGGCUCUCUUGCAAUCAUGUUCACUGCUGUAAUUUCCGGUUCCGUGUUGGUCUUUGAAUUCUUAUCCAGCUGGAUCCUUUAUUUCAUUUGUGGACUUGGUUUAACGAUAUUGCUUGUGCAUCUUACACUUGAUUAUAACCGAUGGAUUGGCAUUGCGUGCUCAGUGCUAUCUUAUUUGGAGGAUGCUCCAACGGACAGGGCAACAAUCUUAAGGCCAAUCAGCAAGAUGUGCCAUUUCUUCCUCACAUUCGCAAAGAAAAAAGGCUUGAAUGUCGUUCAAUAAACCAAAAUAUGAAACCAAAAUACUGCUUUACAUUUUAACUGUCCCUGUCAUUUGUUUUCUUUUCAGAUUCUAUUUUUUGUCUGCUCAUAAUUUGAAAUUUGAAGAGCAUGAAAUCAUCCAGGAAUGUAAAAAAAAAAAA